AACAGAGAGGAAAUGCGCACGCGUGAACAAGAAGCGAGAAGCAUGUUCCUCCGUGCGUGCACAUCCUAAAAAGAAGGGGGCAGCAGGAACACUAACCAGAGUUAUGAUGACGAGCUGGUCCCAAUCCCAAUCCCACCCCCUCCCUUCAAUCCAACUCCAUCUCCUCGGAAAUCCCAUCCUUUCUCGACCAAACAUCCCCGCUGAUUAGAUUAGGUCGCCCCCAGCUCAAAAAAAUUGCAUCUCUUCUGGGCCAAAGACCCCGUCUGGAGCUGAGAAAAAUCCCUUCUUUCGUCGUACAUUCACGGCGCUCCGAUUGUUUCCCCCCAUUCAAUCGAUUCAUUGGUCGCGAUCUGCGUGGCGGAUUUGGAUCCCAUCUAAUCGCAAGCAUAGAAACACGUCCUGAAUAGCGAGCGAUCCACCAAGAACUCCACCACAAGAGUUCCCCAAUCAUUCCUCGCCGCUGCAUUUGGCCCACUCCAGGAAAUCCCCACUGGGCUCGCCCCCCAAGCCGCACCGGAUUACAGCUCACAAGGGCCAGAUUUUCAGAGCAGGGCAGGGAAAAGGAGGAAGCAAUGACGGAAGUGGCGCUUCUCCGGGGCCCGACCAACCUCGCUUCCCCCGCAAGCCGCGGCCCCUCCUCCUCCCUGCGCUAUUUAGCCAAUGCCGACAGCGACGUGCUGCAGAGAGGCGGCAGCGGAGAGAGCCCUACAGGAUCCGCAGGACGGACUGAGCGAGAGGUGCAAGGAUCGGAGGAAGAGGAGCGGUGGUCUUUCUUGGCGCUGCUGCUUGCGCUGCUGCGGAAGUCGUUUCUUGGUUGCAGGGAGGAGGGCGGCCAGGGCGAAGGUUGCGCGAUGGAGAUCGGGUGGCCGACGGAGGUGCAGCACGUGGCGCAUGUCACCUUUGAUAGGUUCCAUGGAUUCCUGGGGCUGCCCGUCGAGCUCGAACCCGAGGUGCCCCGCCGCGCUCCCAGUGCCAGUGCAAGUGUCUUUGGAGUUUCAACAGAAUCAAUGCAGUGUUCGUAUGAUUCGAGAGGAAACAGUGUUCCGACAAUUCUCUUGAUGAUGCAGAGACGUCUUUAUGAACAAGGUGGUCUUCGGGCAGAAGGUAUUUUUCGUAUAAAUCCAGAGAAUAGCCAGGAGGAGCUUGUGAGAGACCGGUUAAACAGCGGAAUCGUGCCGUAUGGUAUUGAUGUCCACUGUUUGUCAGGUCUAAUAAAAGCAUGGUUUAGAGAACUGCCGAGCGGGGUGCUGGACCCUAUUCCACCUGAACAGGUGAUGCAAUGCCAAUCUGAAGAGGAUUGUGCUCGGGUUGCCAAAUGCCUCCCACUAGCUGAAGCGGCCUUACUUGACUGGGCCGUUAAUUUGAUGGCUGAUGUCGUCCAAGAAGAAAAGAUAAACAAGAUGAAUGCUCGAAACAUUGCUAUGGUUUUUGCACCAAAUAUGACUCAGAUGGCAGAUCCUUUGACUGCACUAAUGUAUGCAGUCCAAGUGAUGAAUUUUCUGAAGAUGCUAAUAGAGAAGACCCUGAAGGAUAGAGAGGAGUCCAAUCUGGACGAUGUGUCUUUGCCCCAAAAGGACCCGUCUGAUGAAAACGGGCAUCAUAACCCUGGCUUUGCCGUCGAUGCUCACCGUGCGGAAGGAUCAAGGCGUCCUUCUUUCUUCAGCGAGGAACCCCUUCUGAACAGCCCUGCACACAGCACCGAAGACAAGCCUAACGAGACCAAUCCUACCGGAGGAGACUCUGCACCUUCUGGCCAGAAAUUCAUGAACACAGAGGGCUCUUGUCGAUGGUCCCAACCUCUGCCUGCUGCUUCAGCCACCACUGAUAUUUCCUGUGCUACAACAUUGAACUCACUGCAAGGCAAGGGGAGCCGUAGCCUGAAUAGUAGUAGGAGGACAAGGAAGGGCAAGGGGCAGUCUGCAACGCCCGCCGUCGCUCCGCCAACCGAGAAAAAAUCACGAGGUGGAAGCAUCGUGAGCCGGUUAAACUCCACGGUCGAACGGAUCGAAGCGUGGAGAUGAAUGAGCUCAGAUGCUACUGUCGACCCUCUUGUGUCGUAGAUGACUGACCCGGUGUGUUCCUGCGUACAUGAUCGACCGAAUUUUGAUGUGGUUUUCAUUUCCUGUCAGGUCAUGAUCGUUGUAUUCCUUUAUUUGAUUUGCUUCCACACGUACGCUAACUUUUGUAUCUUGCUUAUCAGUUGUACUUCUCACUGUUUUGAGUAAAUUAAACACAGGCCGUUGCUUUCCGCCGUA